CUUAAGUAGCCAUAAGGUAUCGUUUUAAACUUUGUGUUUAAUCCAAACUGAAGAGCGAGGGUUAUCAGUACAAUGGCUCACUUCCAAAUUAAACUUUUCACACAACAAAAACAGUUUUCAGUUACUGAUAAUACGUUUUCUGUACCUGGUAGCAGCACAUGCACAGAAUUGAAUGAUUUAGUGAACAAACUUUUGUCAGAAGAUAAGGAUGAAAGCACCAGAUCUGACUUCGACUUUCUUGUUAACGAUGAGUUUAUAAGAACUUCAUUGGUUGAUCAUGUUGAAACUAAAGGGUUGUCCUCUGAAUCUGUAAUAGAUGUGGAAUAUUUGCAACGUAAGCAAGCACCAGAGCUUAAACAUUCAUUUCAACAACCAGAUUGGAUAAGCAGCAUAAAAACAACUGAGAAAUUUAUUAUAACUGGAUCAUAUGACUGUGCGGUGACUGUUUGGGACAGAGUGACCACAAAACAGUUGGUUAGUGGUAUUGGCCAUUCUGAACCUGUGAAGUCAAUUGCAAUAAUCAACUAUAAUUCUGAUGAAAAAAAGCAAAAGAUAAGUUUUGUUAGCACGUCACAAGACCAACAUGCUGUUAUUUGGACGUAUAACUCAUCAACUAAUCAGUUGAGUUCAUUGUUUUGUUGUAAAGGUCACUCAAAGAGUGUAGAAUGUGCUGCUAGCAAUGAAAAGAAAUCUAUUUUUGCGACUGGCUCGUGGGAUUCUACAAUAAAGGUUUGGUCAUCCUCUGUUACACCAGAAGAAGACACACAAGAGGUCAUCAAUUCAAGCAAAAAGAAAUUCAAAAGUGGGAAAAAAAGUCUGACUAGGACGGCGAAAGUAACACUGUCGGGCCAUACAGAGGUUGUGUCGGCACUCACAUGGUUGAAUGAAAAUGAAAUUUGUUCUGGAUCUUGGGAUCAUACUAUUCGAAUCUGGGAUAUUGAUACAGCAGUAGAGAAGUCCCACAUGCGAGGAAUGAAGUCUAUUUUAUCGCUUGAUUAUUCCCAUCUUAGUAGAUUGGUUGUGACGGGGAAUACAGAUCGCCAUGUAAGGUUGUGGGAUCCUAGGAGUGGUGAAGGGGCCGUCGUGAAGUGUAAUUUAACCUCACAUAUUGGCUGGGUGACUUCUGUUCACUGGGCCCCUAAUGAUUCUCAUACAUUAGUGAGUGGAUCAUUGGACAACUGUGUUAAAAUGUGGGACACAAGGAGUCCUAAGGCCCCAUUAUACGACCUGCAAGCACACACAGAUAAAGUAAUGUCUGUUGAUUGGUCUUUGCCGGACAUUGUAGCCAGUGGAGGGGCUGACUGUAAAGUGUUUACUUUUACAGUUAACACUGGUGCAGUGGAUAAUGUAUACGGAUGAAAGCUGCAAAUCCAUUAUGAGUAAUAAUUGCUAUUUACGCAAUGAUUGUGGUUUCAAUGCAUCAAUCUUGAACACUAAAACAUACCCAAAAUGUUUAUGUUUUAAAUAAUUAUAAACUUGACCAGAGUACCUGUUUAUUGAAUAAUAUUCCUUACUAUGUUUUUGAUAAGGGCUAUAUUGGCAUUUGCAGAAGAUAACUAUAAUAUAAUCUUUAUCGCAAAAGUUUGGUAAAAAUAUUGUUAAAAUCUGUUUAACAUCUCUAAAAGUGUCGCUUUUUUGUUGGGGUUAUAUUUAGGAUUACUAUUUUAGGGUUACUAAUAAGUUUCAACCAAAAUGAGUAGUUUUAUUUUAAAAUCAUCCAGAUUUUUGCAUUGUGUAUAGGCGUAUAGCAUUUCACUCAUUUUACUAUUUCAG